CCCCAAACCAGAUCAGCCCCCCCCCCGCCUUGCUCCUCGCCCUUGAUGCCAUCCCUCUCUCCUCUCUUCCUCCACCGUAACCCGAUCCCCUUCCCGCUCUCGCGCUCGCCCUCGAUCCGCUCCCGAAUCUGCACCCAGAGGCGGAAUCGACCGGAUAUCUGUUUCGCUCGGGCGGUUCCGUCGGUCGCCCUGCCGGAUCUGAGAGGCCCGCCCCGGAGAUCGUCCUUCGUGAGGUGCUGCGUGGUGGAUCGGUCGCCCCCUUCGCCGGUGCUACCAUGGCAACUGCCGCGGGUGAGGGCUCCGCGGCCAGGAGGUUCUGGAUCGGCUCCAAGAAGGAGUCCGUCUUUGCGUCGUAUACUCCGUUCAUGGUGUGCCUGGCGGCAGGGAAGCUGGACAUGGACACCUUCCGCAAUUUCAUUGCCCAGGAUGUGUUCUUCCUCAGGGCGUUUUCUCACGCCUAUGAGAUGGCCGAAGAAUGUUCCGAUGAUGACGAUGCCAAGGCAGCAAUCAAUGAGCUGAGGAAAGCCGUUCUUGAUAAACUUAAAGUCUACGAUUCUGUAGUUCAGGAAUGGGGAAUUGAUCCCACCAAAGAGAUAAUUCCCAAUCCUGCAACACUGAAGUACACUGAGUUCCUGCUUGCAACAGCUGAUGGUAAAAUUGAAGGAGGGAAAGGUGCUGGAAAGAUAGUCACUCCCUUUGAGAAGACGAAAGUUGCUGCCUAUACAGUUGGUGCGAUGACCCCAUGCAUCAGGCUUUAUGCAUUUUUGGGCAAAGAGCUUCAGUUUCAUAUGCAAUAUGAGGGAAAUGGUCAUCCUUACAAGAAGUGGGUGGACACUUAUUCCUCUGCAAGUUUUGAGGCACAUGCUUCACAAAUAGAAGAGUUGCUGGACAAACUGAGUGUUUCGUUGACUGGUGAGGAGCUAGAAAUCAUAGAAAAGCUUUACCACCGAGCGAUGGAACUUGAAAUUGAAUUUUACAAUGCUCAGCCAAUUGUCCAACCGGUGGUGGUGCCAUUCACAAAACUGCAUGAGGCGGAUAAUCACCUGGCUAUUUUUUCUGAUUUUGACUUGACAUGCACUGUGCUCGAUUCCUCUGCUAUAUUAGCAGAGAUCGCAAUUUUAAGCGCAUUCAAGGCUGGUCAGAGUGGGACUGAUAAUCUGAGUGCUCAAAGGUUACCAUCAGACAUGAGGAACUCCUGGGAUGCUCUCUCUAGGCAAUAUACCGAGGAGCAUGAGCAAUGCAUAGAAAGCUUACUUCCAUCAGAACAAGCAAAGGCAUUUGAUUAUGAAAGCCUAUGCAAAAACCUUGAGCAGCUCUCCAAUUUUGAAAAACGAACAAAUUGUAGGGUUAUUGAGUCAGGGUUGCUAAAGGGAAUACAUCUAGAAGACAUAAAAAAGGCCGGGGAGCGUUUGGUUCUCCAGGAUGGCUGUAGAGAAUUUUUCCAGAAGGUUAUAAAGAUAAAAGAAAAACUGAAUGUAGAUUGCCAUAUACUAUCAUACUGUUGGUGUGCAGACCUCAUAAGAUCAGCCUUUUCCUCGGUAGGUUGUACAGAUGAUUUGAGCAUACACUCGAAUGAAUUCGACUACGAGGAAUCGGUUUCAACAGGUGAAAUUGUCAGAACAAUGGAGUCUCCCAUGGACAAGGUUAAGACAUUCAGAAGCAUCUUAGCUAACCUUAGCAGCGAAAAGAAACAUUUGUCUGUCUACAUUGGGGAUUCGGUGGGUGAUUUGCUGUGCUUGCUGGAAGCAGAUGUCGGUAUUGUGAUUGGAUCGAGCAUAAGCUUGAGGAGAGUUGGGGAGCAAUUUGGUGUAUCCUUUGUUCCGCUGUAUCCAGGUUUGAUAAGGAAACAAAGGGAGGUUCCAUCGGAGGACUCCCUUGUCUGGAAUGGGUUGUCCGGGGUUCUCUACACAGCAUCAAGCUGGACAGAGAUACAUGCUUUUCUUUUCGGAGCAUAAGUUUUUUGCAGAUGGCUCCUCUUGUUUCUUGUUGCUUUUCUUUGUGAAUGCGCAUUACAUCAAUGCAUGGCUAGUUUUCUAGAGCCGCAGGUGAAUACUCCUUCCUAUUUCCCCUUCCGGUUGCUCGAUCCAAAGCGGAGUUGCUGCAGGCUCAGGCAUUUGUGUCAUUUUAGAUCUGACAGAGGGAUGACGGUCAAGUUUCAGUUUGUGCAUGUAUUCUUUUCUCCAUAAUUUUUGGGUCAAAAGAAUAAUGUUUCAAGACAUGAUUUUAGAAUAGGGUAUUCGAUCUGAGAGUGUGCCGCCUGCUUAAGAUUUGCGGAUACAUCAUAAGAUUCGUGUAAAGCCUCUCUCCGUUGUAAAGACUGAAAGACGUUGGAGAUGCCUAUAUUUGAGUCCUUUAGCUGCAGCAACUGUUGCAAGUCUCAGUGUACCUGUAAUUCUUUUCUGUAAAUUCUGAUGAUCAUACUUGGAGGUUCA